GUCUGCAGGCUUCACAGCAUUCCUUGCCCUUCAUGCUGAGGGUAAAAACUAUUGGAAGCUGCGCUCCCCUUGCAUGCAGGCAGGCUGUGACUUUUCUUAGUUCGGAAGCAGAAAUCUGAGGCAGGUAAUGUCGCAGCUCAGCCUCCCCCGUGUGCAGCCAAACAGAUGACAAAACAACAGGAUGAACAGUGAAUAGACUGAAGGAGAGGUGGAAGUGAUGCAAUGUUUGUGUGCACCUGUAACACCCCCCACCUCACUAAAGAGACGGAUCAACUUGGCGGCACGGGAGUAGGACGCGGCGCCAGCCAUUGGGUGGAGCCGCCGCGUCACCAGUGCGCACGGCUUGGCUGCAGAUGCGGAUCGGUGUCAGUGCGCGGCGUUGGGGGGGACAUGGCAAGUAGGCGCAAGCGGUGCGCCUGGUGAGGACGCGGGGAAGAAGGAGGAGGACGCGGGACACACGCAGCGGAGCGCGAGGCGGACACGCAGGAAACCAUGGAGGACACGGAGCCCGCAGAGGACGGCGUGCUCGCGGGGCUGCGGUGGAACCGGGGCGCGCGGGACCAAACUCAGCUGAAACACAAAAUCCGGGAUCUGCCGGGGCUGCUGAAGCACGGACUGCACCUGCGGAAGAAGAGCGUGAGUGUUUCUGACGCACCGUCCUUCCGUGUUUGUGUAGACCAAUCACCUGACACCAUCCCUGGACCAAGUACGGGGCCGACAGUACACAAGUCUUGCUCCCAGAGCUUCCCGUGUGCUGGUCGAGCCGUGAGGAACGCCUUCCUCUCUCAUGGACCAUACCCGGCCAAAGACAAGAUACAUCUAGCCAGAAUCAUCAGGCGCAGCUAUGUGGGAGUGGAGCUGGUGCAGUGGCUGUGUGAGCAGUGUGUCUGUGUGCGCUAUCGGACUGCUGCUGUGCAUGUCUGGCAGGUGCUGCUGGAGCUGGGAGUCCUGCUGUCUGUUGACCAGCGGGUGGUGUUUUCUGACUCCAACUCUUACUACCAGUUCAGUUUUGAGGAGUGCGACUCUCCGUCUUGUGAGUUUCGUCUCAAUGAGGCGGACUGGCCGGAGGCUGUGAAACUUCUUCUACAACUUGCCCCCUAUGUCCAGUUUCGCUCCGGUGGCGGGACCAAUAGUCCGUCAGAGGAAGACUCUGAGGGCAACAGAGACAUCUGCAGUGAGAUCCUUCAGAUUAAAGCUCUGGAGAGGCUCACCUCCACGGUACAAAGCGAGUUGGCAGCAGCUCUCGCCAGAAAGACUCGUAAAGCUUUAUCAGAGCAGGACUCUGACACAACAGAGGAACGUCAGCAGGAGUCGUGCACGCCCAGCGAGGAGAGCAGUCCGCUGGGUGGGGUGUGUUCGUUGCGGGACAGCGGCAACAGCAGCAGUGGUGGUGGCGGCAGUGGGGGAACGGGGUCGGUUUGCUGCCGUGAAGAACUCACCAGCCGACUGGGGCUGGAGGCGGUCCAGCGGCUGGCGAAGGAUGGCUGUCGGAUCCUGCAGAACCACAACUACCGGAUAUCUGACAGGAAUCAAGCGGAGGCGCUGGGGAGGGUUUGCCUCAAAGAGAGGGGACGAGACGUGUUGGUGUUGCAGCGGGUGACGUCCUCGCUGACAUCGCCCUCGGACCGCCCCUCGCCUACGUCGUCGUCAGGGGGCGGGCUCAGGCAGGAGGACUCCAACAAGAGGUAUGUGGUGGUAUCCGGAACCCCACUGAAGAUUUUGGAGCAUCUGCUUAGCGACCUGCGACUCGAUGACCAAAGAGGGGCACAAGAGAACAGGGAGAGCGAAAUGCUGCUGGAUGACUUCCUGCUGACCUACCUGGUGUUCAUGUCCACUCAUGACCUCUGCCAGGCGCUGCUGGGACAUUAUGGCGGCACCCGCUGCAGAGGCCAAGAAGAGGGCAAAGACGCCCUCUUUAGGAAGCGCAAGGUACUGCAGCUGGUCUCCCACUGGAGUCGGCUUUAUAAGGACUUCCUGAAAGAAGAGGAGCACAUUCGGAGUUUUAUGAAGACUCUGUACAGGUGUGUUUUGGAGGAUCUUUAUGAGUUUCCCUCGCUGGAGAAAGAUCUGAAGGAGUUUCAAAAACUUUUACGCCGCAGACACACUGUGGAUGACUGCCCUUCAAACCAAAAGAGCAAACAAAUGCAUCAGCAGUUGAGUUUGAAAGAAAACUGUUUGCACCUUCGCACUCCCCAGACGGAAAAUAAAGAGGUGAUAUGUUGCGUGUAUGUGAGUGCUGAUUCCUACCUGAGUGUCCACACACACCCCUCACUGGAGGCGCAUGAGUUGUUACGGAUUGUGGGGAUGAAGAUGGACAGAGCAGAGGAAGACAUGGUGCUUGCUGUUGUGUUGCAAACUGGAGAGCGAAGGAUGCUGCAGCCAAGUGACUGUGUGUAUUCAGAGUCAAUGACCCCAAACGGAAAGCUUGUGGCCUGUCGCAGGGAUCUCAACGAGAUUUUGCCUCCUUUAGCCGACAGUGCUGAGUUGAGCAAGAGGCCGGUCCGACUCUUGGGCAUCAACACUUGGGACGUGGCAACGGCGCUCACACAUGUGGACUGGACGCUCUUCAAAUCCAUCCAUGAGCAGGAGCUGGUGUACUACACUCUCAGCCGCCCUCCCGGCAGCGGCCACACGGCGGCGCUCUCCUUCCUGCUGCAGCGCUGCAACGAGGUGCAGCAGUGGGUCAUGUCUGAGGUGCUCAUGUGCGUGUCCCUCAACAAGAGAGUACAGCUGCUCAAGAAGUUCAUCAAAAUCGCUGCUCACUGUAAAGCCCAAAGAAAUCUGAAUUCUGCAUUUGCCAUCAUCAUGGGUCUCAACACAGCUGCUGUCAGUCGACUUAACCAAACAUGGGAGAAAUGUCCCGGCAAGUUCAAGAAGCUUUUUUCUGAGUUGGAGCUCAUCACGGAUCCAUCUCUUAACCACAAAGCUUACAGAGAGGCAUUCAAAAGGAUGAAACCUCCGAAGAUUCCCUUUAUGCCUCUUCUUCUGAAAGAUAUCACUUUUAUUCAUGAGGGAAACAAGACCUUCCACGACAACCUGGUCAACUUUGAAAAACUGCACAUGAUUGCAGACACAGUGAGAAUGAUUCGCCACUGCCAAAGUGAUCAACCAGGUAACGAGGUGAUUGGGGUGGACAGUCCGGAAGUGCGAGCGAGCGUGCACUGUCUGCACAUCAUCGACAAUCAGCAGACGCUCUUCAAACUGUCGCACAAGCUGGAGCCGCGCGCCUAACCGCGCCGGACGCCCCGGCAGGGGUGACGGUUGCCGGCAAAAAUCCCACACAAUCAAACACAAGCGAGAUCCGUCUGCAGGGACAGCAGAGGGCAAAAAAAAAGAAACCAUGAGGACUCUCAAUAAAGAUGUGCUUGGAAAGGAUGAAGCCGGUGAGCUUUCUACAGAUCUGUGGAGGAAGAUAAGGAUUCGCCAAACUGAGACGGACACCUGAGGAGGCUUUUUUUUUUGGUCUAGUUCCUGUCAGAACAAGUGUAGACUUUUUUUGUUGUUGUAAUAAUUGAUUUAUUUAUUGACUUGUUGAUCAGUUUGUUUCUUUGCCAACAAAGACUUAUACAUAAGUUCAGUGGAAACUUUUCGUUUUAGAGCCUUGCAGAAAAACUCUCUGCAGAUCAACAUAAACGUCUGAGGAUUGAACCGUUUUAAAGCCCUCCCGUCCAGCCAAACGCUCUUCAUCCACAGUUCUCUACAAUGUCUUAAUGUGAAUAGAUGCUGAGAGACGUGGACUGUACAUAAUGUGGACCUAACGGUGUUCAGUGCCAAGCGUCACGUUGAGUUCUGCAGCACAGCUGUUUUCUACAGCGCCUCUUUUUUUCUUAGGAAUCGCCGCGUUUUGACUUCCUGGAAUAAGCCCAGCGAUGACGUCUGCUCCUUCAUCCGAUUCUUCGCUCGAUUGUUUGCCAUGUCAGGUUGCUAUGGAAACACAACCUCUGUAAAAAGCAGCUUCUGUUCUGUUUUUUUUUUUUUUGUCUGUACGUCCUUGAAAUGCUUUGUUGGUGUAACAUUGGAUAUGUCGCACAUUAAGAGCAGCUUUGUUACACUAAGUUUGUGAGUAGAUUGAAGAUAUAUGAUGACUGAAAAAAACAAAAAAAAAAUCAUUUCAGAAAUAGAUUUUUUUAGAAACUGUGAGACCCCAUUUAGAAUGGGACUGAAAAAAGGAAGUACAAUACAUACCUGCUUCUUGUAUGAGCCAUUAUUUGUCAACCACUCCUGUCAAAAUCCCAUUUAUUUACAUAUUUUUACACCAUUCCUUCUAAAACCUUCAUCCUAAACACCAAACUAAAAGGUCAAGACCGAUUUCUUUAAAAAAUAUUAAUUUAGGCAUUUUAAUAAUGCUGUUGCAUACAUUUUCAGCCAAAGUUUUGUAACAUUUUUAUCAUUUUAGUUCAUAUUUUGUGUUAGUGGCUCAUUACUCAUUACCGAUGGGUUUCUCCUAAAUAUUGCUCACUACUUUUUGUUAUUUAGAUGCCUAUAUAGGGCAAAUUUGGGGAUAAAGUGCAAUGCUUCAAAAAAAAAAAAAAAGCUGCUUCAAGGAAGUGAUUUUCAGUAAGAAAAAUAAAAACUCUUAAAAUUUCGUUCACACUCCAAGGCAUUAUUUGACCUUUAUUAUGUCCCUUUAAUAUGUAAUAAUGGUAAGAAGUCCAAACCGAAGAGGAUUUUGUGGGAUAACGCUCCAGCAUUGUGAUAUUUUUUCCUACUUAAGCAUUGAUUGUAUUGAAAAUAAAUGUCAUUUUUCUUUUAUGGGAAAUCAUGUUUUACUUUCUCGCAGACGUUGUUGUAAAACCACAUCAGUGAUAUUUCGAGCUAUCAUUUGUUCCUCUAUGACUGUACAUGAGGUGCAAACACAAAUGGCAUCAUUUUUUAAAGAAUGAAAUAGUUGUUUUGUUAGUUAAAUAUUGAAAUUAGUUAAUUUUUUGGUGACAAACGUCUUGUUUAGUGCCAUGUUUGAAGAUUCCGCAGACGUGGAGGUGUUUUUGUGUUGUUGUUGUGUUUCAUGGCCACUUGAGGGCAGCAGAAGAGCGACUGAGUGUGACCACACUCAAGUUUUUUCUUUAAAUCAUGAAUGAACUGGAAGUCAGAGGAAAACUGCACUUUGUUUCUUAUUAUUUUUUAUCAUUUUGUGUCAAAUUUGUUUGCAUGACAAAACAAAAAAGGUCACAAUAGGAGAAAGGACACUUUGUAACAUUGUUGUGUAAAUAUCUGCUCAUGUUUAGUAUGUUGUAAUUCAUCUGUUAAGGAAAAUGCGGUCAACCACAAAGCAAUAUGUCUCCUCUCACCCCGCCUUCAGUCCAGUCCACUGAAGCCCCUCGUCUUUUCUAAAGCAGUGUUUUACUAUGUUCCAAUUUUACUGAAAAUGAAUAAAUUAUAGGUUUUAUGUGACACUUA